GAGAAUUCUGCUCCCGAGACGAUCACAGAGAUAGGCGAAGACCAAGAUAUCUUGCUGGUGGUUCCAUCAACAUCUGCUUUCAAAAUAUCUGAUGGGAAACUCGUUCUAUCCAAACCCUUGGACUACGAGAACUCUUCUAACUAUCAUGUACUCGUUGGUAACAAAAGGACUUCACAACUGAUUACCAUUGAAGUAACCGGCGUCAAUGACAACGAUCCCGAAUGCGACGCUACUACUUUCGUGGUCGAUGCGUUGCCCUUCUCAACAAACAUCCGUUGUAAGGACCCAGACUCUCAGGAGACAGUCAGGUUAAAGUAUCGGACGACCUCAACAAAGAUGAAAAUUUCGGAAGACGGACUCCUGUCUGUGUCUUCUAUGAAUGGAACGACGACUUCAGUUGCUGUUGACGUCAUUGAAGGAGAAAAUUCCACGAAUCGGCGAUCAAAGACGUUCACAGUGCGACUCAUCCGAGGAACAGCUGUCGAUCAUGGCAUUGCUUUCCCAUCCAAGGAAAUCUCCAUGCUCGUGGCAUCAUCCCAACCGAUUGGCACGACUCUGGGAAGGAUCACAGCCGAAUCGAUAACCCCCUUGAAAUACUAUGUAGCCGGGUCAUCCUCAAUACAGAUCGAUGAGGACAGCGGAGUUGUGUCGACAAGAAGAAAAAGUGUCAGAGAUGAACAGACGACUAUUGUUGCUGUGUCGAAGACAGGAAUCGCCACCAUAAAGGUGAACAUCGAAGUCAUUGAAGACUCACUAGUACUACCAAAAGACUCGUUCCUUUUCGUCCCCCGAUCGCUGUCAGCCGGGCAGCCACUGGGUAGAAUCGAUCUUGGUCGAGAUGACGUUACGGUGGAAUUGUUGGACCCCUACGUGUAUAGUCGCGGAAAGGAAUUACUGUUGAAAAAGCGAUUGGAUUUGGGUGACAGGCAGUAUUACAACUGCUCAGCCACGAUACGCAAGGGAAAACUUUCUUCAACUGUAACGAUUUACAUACUCCGAUCCACACAUAAUGUAACUCAUCAAGAGCACAGUCGUCUGGAAUACUGGAUUCGUGAAAAUGCCCCAUAUGGGAGUGUAGUUGGACGAGCACCGAUUUCCACAAGAGGUCCAGCCACAUACUCAAUCGCCGGCGACAUUGGGUUAUCAAUUGAUCACAAAACCGGUAUGAUCACGACAGCUACCAUUUUCGAUCAUGAAGAGAGACAGCUGCAUAGUUUCAAGUUGAAAUCGACAUUCCAAUCGGGAGAGUACGUUGAACAAGAAGCUAUCUUGGUGAUCGAUGACAGAAAUACAACAUCGACCAUUUUCCAAUGA